AGGAAAGCAGAGAGGGCACCUGGAGGAGGUGGUGGGAAGGCGGAGGACAGGGGCUGGGGCUCAGCCCAGAGCCUUGGGGUGGACAUCCUGGGCAGCGCAGGGGGCUGAGGCGUGGAGGCAGGGGAGAAUGCGCCUCUCCAAAACCCUGGUCGACAUGGACAUGGCUGAUUACAGUGCGGCGCUGGACCCGGCCUACACCACCCUGGAAUUUGAGAAUGUGCAGGUGUUGACGAUGGGCAAUGACACGUCCCCGUCAGAAGGCACCAACCUCAACGCGCCCAACAGCCUGGGUGUCAGCGCCCUGUGCGCCAUCUGCGGGGACCGGGCCACGGGCAAACACUACGGCGCCUCAAGCUGUGACGGCUGCAAGGGCUUCUUCCGGAGGAGCGUGCGGAAGAACCACAUGUACUCCUGCAGGUUUAACCGUCAGUGCGUGGUGGACAAGGACAAGAGGAACCAGUGUCGCUACUGCAGGCUUAAGAAGUGCUUCCGGGCUGGCAUGAAGAAGGAAGCCGUCCAGAACGAGCGGGACCGGAUCAGCACGCGGAGGUCGAGCUAUGAGGACAGCAGCCUUCCCUCCAUCAGCGCGCUCCUGCAGGCGGAGGUCCUGUCCCAGCAGAUCACCUCCCCCAUCUCCGGGAUCAACGGUGACAUCCGGGCCAAGAAGAUCGCCAGCAUUGCGGAUGUCUGUGAAUCCAUGAAGGAGCAGCUGCUGGUGCUGGUGGAAUGGGCCAAGUACAUCCCAGCCUUCUGCGAGCUCCCCUUGGAUGACCAGGUGGCACUGCUCAGAGCCCACGCCGGCGAACAUCUGCUGCUUGGAGCCACCAAGCGGUCCAUGGUGUUCAAGGACGUGCUGCUCCUAGGCAAUGACUACAUCGUGCCCCGGCACUGCCCUGAGCUGGCGGAGAUGAACCGGGUGUCCAUGCGUAUCCUCGACGAGCUGGUGCUGCCCUUCCAGGAGCUGCAGAUUGAUGACAACGAGUACGCUUGCCUCAAGGCCAUCAUCUUCUUUGACCCAGAUGCCAAGGGGCUGAGUGACCCGGGCAAGAUCAAGCGCCUGCGCUCCCAGGUGCAGGUGAGCCUGGAGGACUACAUCAACGACCGGCAGUACGACUCCCGCGGCCGCUUCGGCGAGCUGCUGCUGCUGCUGCCCACCCUGCAGAGCAUCACCUGGCAAAUGAUCGAGCAGAUCCAGUUUAUCAAGCUCUUCGGCAUGGCCAAGAUUGACAACCUGCUGCAGGAGAUGCUGCUGGGAGGGUCCUCCAGUGAUGCACCCCAUGCCCACCACCCCCUGCACCCUCACCUGAUGCAGGAACACAUGAGCACCAAUGUCAUUGUUGCCAACACGAUGCCCACUCACCUCAGCAAUGGACAGAUGUGUGAGUGGCCCCGGCCCAGGGGGCAGGCAGCCACCCCUGAGACCCCACAGCCUUCACCACCAGGUGGCUCAGGGUCUGAGCCCUACAAGCUCCUGCCAGGAACCAUCACCACAAUCGUCAAACCACCUUCCGCCAUUCCCCAGCCGACCAUCACCAAGCAGGAAGUCAUCUAGCAAGCCGCUGGGGGUCGGGAGUUCUGCUGACUCCCCCUAACCCCCUCAGAGAGAGCCUGGUGAUCACCUGACCACAAUAAAGGAAGGCGUGACACCAGGGCCAGUCCUGGAGCAGUAAUAGAAGAGCAAAGGGCCCAAGCACUUGCCCU